CGCAAACAACCACUAGGUGUCAAUAAUGAGCCUCAUGGGGUUCAGCUCUGCUCAAAACCUAACAAGAGGAACCCGGAUGUUCCGCCAAAUUUGAAAGUGCUGUAAUUUUCGGAGUUACAUUCAGUAUGAAUGCUUCAGAGCGUUUCUUCGCGAAGCUGCGUAAACUGACAGUGUAUCUGGAGACUGAGAGCAAGGAUCUUCUGCAUGCGAGUCAAAACCUGAAAGAGGACGAUGAAGAUACGGAGAAUGGGGCUCAAGCACUUUAUCAGUUACAUUCUGAAGUCAGACAACUGAAGCGGCAAGUUCAGGAUCAGGUUGCCGGACAAGAUGCAGGAAGUACUGAACUGAGGACCUUCAUCCGAAGAUGCUUGGUGUUAAAGCAGAGGACCACAGAAGACAUUGACAGGUUAAAGAAACAUUAUGAGAAAUAUGGCUACGAACCACGAAAAUCAAGACAGGAGAACACAGUGAUGAAAAGCACAAAAGAGGUAGAGGAGCAGGAAGAAAGCGAGCUGGAAAAUACUCAUGAGAUACAAAAAGAUAAGGAGAUGGGACACAGGGAUUAUGAAGACACUCAACAAUCAAAGACACCCGAUAAGAUGUCAUCACCUUUUGUUGAGCAACAGCGGACCCCAAAGCUCUCAGAUUUUGGUCUGUCUGCAAUACAGCUUCAAAGAGUUUUCAAUGUAGCUGAGCCAUCCCACGAUGAUGCUCCAGUGCCAGCUGUGGCUCUCUCACCACCACCGUUUGUCAUGAACAUGCAGCCACCACAGCCAAAAACACCAAAGUGCUCACUGCGUAUGGAAGAGGAUGCUCCUACCCCACGGUUAGAGGACUUUGGUAUCUCUGAGUACACCAUGUGCUGGAACAAUGAUUUUACCAUGGAUUUGUUUAACAAGAAGCCACCUAAGAAAAACAGUGAAACAACAGAGAACGCUCACAAACCCUCUCACUUCUUCUCCAGUCUGUCGUCUGUAUCUAACACAGUGAGUUUGGAAUCCCCAGAGCCUCCUGUGUUUUGCACCCCAGGAUUUAAGAUUAAGAAACGCCGGGUUCCUUCCUCUCCAGAAAUAGAUGGACUGAAUAACCUUGCUUCUCCUCCUCGUCAAAAUUGCCCUUCAACCCCAGAGUUCCCUGCAUUUGAAACACCUUUCGUCAGCAAGCUCCUAAAAAAGGAUGGCAGACAGGAAGAAAGUUACCCGCACAGGGGUUCACAGGCAACCAGCUUUAACCUCCCAGAUCCAUCAAAUGCAAGAUCUUUAUCAUGUGACCCUCCAGAGAUGCCAAAAAUUCAAAGUUAUGAGGAGCCAUUACCUGAUAUGCCAACUCUGCACUCUCUUUUUGGGAGUUCACUUGCUUUUAAAGGUACUUCAGGUGAAAGUCUUCCUGGGAUGACAAAGGACUUAAAGCAAAGCCCUCUCCCCAUGCCUGAAGAUUGCCUCAACCAGGAUUGGUGUCUUGGCACUCCAAAAGUCAGAAUGAAGUUCCCUGCAGACCCUUGCACACCAGAGAUGCCUGAUAUAAGCUCAGUGACGCAAGAUAUCUUAAAACUUGUGACUCAGUGCAAGUCUUAAAUGCCCAUUACUGGAUCCAGGCUGCAGAAUUCAGAAGAGAAUGAUGCAGUGGUGAUGACGACUUCAUGUUAAUAUGAACACUUUUAGGACAAUGUUGUAAAGAAACUAAAAUAAAAUAUAAAUAUUAAAAAAGUUA